CAUAUGAAUUUUGUGGAAGUACGAAGUUUGUCAGAAAGUAUUUAGUUUGAAGCAUUAAAAGCACCUGUUCGGAAACUUAAAUAUAGUAAAAUUGUUUCGUUGUUCAUCACAGACUUAUAUAUAUAUAUAUAUAAAAAUGUCGGAAUCGUACGAUUUUCUCUUCAAGUUCUUGGUUAUUGGAAGUGCAGGUACUGGCAAGUCCUGCUUACUUCAUCAGUUUAUUGAAAAUAAAUUUAAAGCUGAGUCCAAUCACACAAUUGGUGUUGAGUUUGGGUCGAAAGUAGUGAAUGUCGGAGGUCGAUCAGUCAAGCUACAGAUAUGGGACACAGCAGGCCAGGAACGUUUCAGGUCUGUGACUAGGAGUUAUUACAGAGGUGCUGCUGGUGCCUUGUUAGUGUAUGAUAUCACCAGGUAUGGAAUGACAGUUAUAUUCUUGCUAAUAAAAUAUGUAGUUAAGUUGGUAAUAAAAAAAAACAUACAUGUAUGUAUGUUGGUCAGUAAAACAGUUUAUGGCAUCUAAAUGGAAGAUUUAUUUUCUCACGAAAGGAUACAAAAUUUUUAACACUUUCCAGACUGUAAAGCACUAUUCAGGUGUUGAGUGUAUAUCUGCUUACCAAAUUUAAAGCUUAAGUAAAAAAAAAUUGAUUCUAACCAUUGCAACAAAUUUUUAACUAAGAAUAAUCAUUGAAUUGAUACUUAUCAUUUUGUAACAUAUCUAGUUCUGUGAGGGAAGCGAGGCAAAGUUGAGUAUAAAAAUCAGGGUACAAACAUUCUUCACAUAUGUACUAUAAAUAUUAAGCCAUACCAGAAUGGUAAGUUUCCAAUAUCAAGGAAAACUUUGUCUGUCUGUGGACACAUCUUCUCCUAAAUGAAUUGAUCAAUCCAGACCAAACUUGGCAUGCUAAUUUAGUAGUCCAAAAGCAAAUCAGUGUGAUUUUAAACUUUCCCACAUGUUGGAAAUUAAAAAUAUUUUAUAGAAUAAUCCAUUUAUAAUUACUGCAGUAGUUAUUGUAAAUAGUUGAGUUUGAAGAAAACCUACACCACAACA